AUGAGGGUAGCAACAGGCAUGGCUUCAAGCACCAAGAUCCGCAAAGCGCUGGCUGACUUAGAUUUGUCAGUGGAUGGGAACACGCGAAUGACGUUGACUAUGGAAAAUUCUAUCAGAGCUGAUGCAUGGGCAUUAUCCAGGCUGAAGGAAUAUCAGUCUGGCAAAUUGAUUCUAUGGAGCUGGGUUACCAGAGGCUAUGUAACCAUGGAACAGGUGGCCGAGUGGUACUUUGACUCCGAUGUUGAUGCUGCCACCACCGCAUUGUCUUCAACCCGUGGUGAAAUGAGAAAACUAUGCGAUGUAGAUGAAAUACCACAUGUGGACACUAGUGAGGAACUAGCUGAUUUCAAGCGAGCAGAAUCCACAAAGUUUGGUGGAGAAAAGUUUUGCACAUGGGCAAUUCAAGAUCUUGAACAUCAAGAACUACCACCCAUACAUCUACCUGCUUGGUUCCGUAAUCCCAUUGACAAAGCUGUUAUUCGUUGGCAAACGGAGUCAAGGGCAUGGGAGAAACAGAGAGAAGAUAGGCUACUACAAGGAAAGUGCAAUUUUCCACCAAAGAAACAGAAAGCUUUUGAGGAAUGGAGUAAAACCCAAGCACGAUCCAUCGUACUCGACAAAAAACGUCAGGCUCAGGUUGUCAACGUGGCUAACAAGUCCAUUGCUAGCCUCAAAAAACACUGUGUGCUGAUUGUGCUUCACAUGUCGCGUGAAGCAGAAGAGUUGAGAAUCAAAUCUGGGUCGGGAAAAUUGUGGAAGCUUCAGCUCCUUGAAUGUUCCGCGCAGCCUGAUGAAGCCGUACCCGAAGAGAUCGAUGACUUUCAAGAAGGACUGCAAUACAAUGACCAUUGCGCUGAAGAUCAUGGUGAUGAAAUUGCGCUUGAGGAUGCGAUUGCUGAUGGCAUGCAUGUGCAUGAUGGUGUGAUGAGUGAACACGAUGGUGAUGCGCCCUUUCACGAAGACAUUGACAAAUGGCUGCUCAUAUGUGACACCGAAUCUGAGGGUGAGCCUGAGCCGUUGCCAGAACAAAAACUUUUUGGCAAGGCAUGUGUCCGAGUUCGGGCAGUUGAGUCACAGCCAGAAUUUCAACGGCUCAAAGAUUUGGGUCUUGCUGUUCGUCCUGAGGGUUGUACUUUAGGAAUACAUCCCGCCAAUCGUGUUUGGCGAUCAUCUAGUGCUAGCUCUUCGCAUUUUAGUCGAUCAUUUGACGGAUCGUCAGGAAGGAAUUCGUGGCAAGCACUUCUACGCGUAGUGGAAAUGAUGCUUGAAUCAUAUCUUGAUACAAAUCCAAAAGACAAGCAUGUGAAAGCGCAGCUUGCACAAAUCAAGAAGUUGCGUGCUGAAGAACCAGAGCACAAGGAUUAG